AGUGGUUGCCCUGUCUGUAUCAUCUGUAUAUUGUUGGUCAGUUAUUCCGUCUUCAAGUGUGGUGUUCUACCAGAGCGAGUGGUAUGAAGUCUUCGUAACUGACGGGAAACCGGUUUAAAGAGGAAAUCGCCUCCAACAGAAGAAUCUGACAAGACGGAGAGACAAGAUAACAGGAGUCAGCAACAUGAACGAACGUCGAUUCGGUCUCCUGGUCUUCGCUCUCACGCUGCCUCUCGCGCUCCCAGAGGAUGUCUCUGACGUGCGUGAGAAGAGGCAGGCCCCCGUGGGCGUGCUCAAUCCGCCCAUUCCCACGUCCGUCGGCCACUACUUAGGCGGGGACAAGCCCGUGGACAACUGCCCGCGCGACGAGGUGACGCUGCCCGACGGACGCUGCUACUCCCUCCUGACGCAGGGCCCGUGCGCCAUCACCGAGUACGUCCUUCUCGACCCCGCCACCAACCGGGGUUACUGUGCCCCCCGCCUCUGCGCCCCCGACAGGAUCUUCAUCUUCAGCGACCAGCUGUGCCACGACCCGAGGAGCACCUCUCUAUGCCCGCCGGGUCGCCAGUUGUACCAGACGAGCUUCGGGACGCCCGUGUGCCAGUGUCCCGACGGCACCUACGAGGGCGACGAUGACCUCGACGACGAUGUGUGCGAGCCGCUGCUGGGACAGACGCUCCUGUGCCAGCCGGGACAGGUGUUCUGGUUCCGCGACUUCAGGCAGCCCCCCGAGUGCCUCCCCGACCCGUGCGGCGGCGACAACCUCAACCGCGGACCCAACGACCUGCCCUUCGUCCCCGCCGCCGACGGGAAGUGCUACCAGCUGGGUUCGAACCCCUCCGUGUGCCCAGCCCAGACUUGGUAUUCGAUUGCCCUCGAGAAACUGCAGGGUGUGUGCGCCACCUUGCAAGACGCGGGCUACGAGGUCUUCGACGCCGCGACGCUGGCUGCUCUGACUGAGUUGUACGGCCCCUUCAUUCCCAGGGACACCACGGCGCCCAUCCCGGUGGCCCAAGGUGCUCCGGGCACUCAAGGUACUCAAGGUGCCCCAGGUGCCCUCCGUUCCCCAGGUGUCUCAGGUGUUCCAGGUGCCCCUGGCACCCAGGGUGCUCUAGGUACUCAAGGCAUCCAGAGUGCCCCAGGUGCCCAGGGCGUGCAAGGUGCACCAAGCCUGUCAGCUGGCGCCCCGCGACCUACCCCGUUGGGUGGGCAAGCUCAGUUUCCUAGUCAGAGCCUGAAUGUCAUCAACGGCAACGGCGCUCUGGGAGGGCGCCAGCCGGGAAGCGCCCCGACUGGCCAAGGGCGUCUGGACUUCCAAAGCGGCAGCCAGGCAGGCGCUGGAUCCCCGUCUCCCGCCGGCCAAAGGAUCGCAGCUGGAGGGCAGCUGUCGACGGCAGGGCCUGGCAGCUUUGGGGCGCCGUCUGCCGUGGGAGUCCAGCGGCCGCAAGCCCCCUCCGGCGGGUCCCAGGCCCCCUUCCGCCCUUCGCCUGACACUGCGGGUCAGGCUCCGUUCAGUCCUGUCCAGAGUGGACAGACUGCUUUCCAACCUUCAGGUAUCCAUUCAGCCGGUGUCCGGCCCUCAGUUAGUCGGCCAGCUGCUACUGAGGGCCACAGUUCAUUCGGUCCUGGAGCGAGCCAGAGUGGUUUUAGCCACUUAGUCGGCCGGCCAGCCAGCCCUGGAUUCCAGAAGCCUUCUGUCCACUCUGCUGGCAGCGGGGCGCGACCCUCCUCCGUCCAGCCAGCUCCCCAAGUGGGUCAAUUUCAGGGCCCCGUCCGAGCAACAAUCAGUCCGCAGUCCUGGAUUGACGGCCACAAUGCUGGAGCUUCUGUGCCGCCGCAAAGGGCGUCAGUCACCUCUGCUCCGCUGCCGUAUGUCAGUCAACCAGGUAGGGACACUUCAACGGGCAAUUUCCCCUUUGGCGGGCGACCUGGAGAGUCUCAGGGGGCCUUCCCUUCGUCGUUCUCAGACGAGGCCUUUGGAGGAGUCCCAGGUUUCUCCGGCGGUGAUGGCUUCUCAGACUUCUCGUCGACCCAGGAUGACACCUCCUUUGAGCUCUUUGACAUGCCCGACUCCAGGGCUCACCCUGGCUACAGCUACGAAGAGCCUCAGGGGCGUACAUUCAACCCAGGCUUAGGCGUGAGGAGAGCGAAGCUACUCGCCCAAGUCUCGUUCCUGGACGACGACGUAAACUACGGCCAGCUGUCUAGCCUCCACGCGCCCGCCGGCCACAAGCUGCAUAACUUCUUCAAUGGCGUGCGCCAGAUUGUGAGCAACCUGCCGAACUCUACGGGCCCUCACCACCGUUCGCGUCGGUCGCCCCUGCCCCACGCCACGCCAGGAAACGUCUUGGAAACGCGGCUGGUCGGGUGCCGAGCGGGCGCGCAGAGGGACAUCAACGCGAAGUGUCGGGAUACAGUGCUCCCCCCCCCGACCCCCGCCAGCCGCCCCUCCAGAGCCGCCCCUCCUGUUCCGCCGAGGACGUCGUGCCCAAGCGGCCAGGCCUUCAACCUGCAGAGGAUGUGCGAGCCCAUUGGCAGCGCCGUGUCUUCAAUCAAUGCCUUCAACCUCGGAUAGAAUCCAACGUCCAAGAAAAUCAGAACAAAAUCUACAAAAAAUAAUGUACAAGUUUGAAGUGGUAAAAGUCUGCUUCGCCUUUAGGAGCAGACCCUAACAUUCCCCUGAUAUGGCUUCAAAGCACCAUGGUUUUGUGAUAAGGUUUGGGUUUGAGUAUAAUUUUCGAAACUCAUCAGUAAGUUUAUUAUUGAUGAUAAGAUAUGGCUCCAAACCAUACUUUUUAUGAGGUAAGAUUUUUUUUACGAAAAAAAAUGGAUGCACAUACAAAUAGACUACUUAUAUACCAUCCUUUACAUCAAGUACAUAAUUUGCAAACAAAUAUCUUGAACUGUAAGUUAAGCUAUGACAACUGUUUGCAAAUUCGCACCAAAGAUCCUAUAAUCAGAAGAUACACCACUCUGCUGAGGCGCUUAAUGGUUGGUGCAGUCACUCUGGGUCACAGACAUCAACCAGUCAUAGCAAACCUUAAUUUGCAUAGUGAAUGAAGGGGUGCGAACUGAAUUUGACAUCAUUAUCACUGUGUCAUUUGCAGACCUUGAGAACUGCCUCCCUGCAAAACCGUGUACCUUCAUCAUCAUGUCAAAAUAAAGCGUCAAGUUCUGAAUAAUGUUGGAUCGGUGGCCACGAAUGAUUUAACCUGCGCAGACGGUAGAAAGAUUUAUUGCACUUAAUUUUCUUACGAGCAUCAAGAUGUCAAUCGUACUAUGGCAGAGUUGUGAAUCUUUUGAUGAACUGAUCUUUUACUCGUACCUUUUACAAUAUGAUUUUUAUCAUAUGUUUAAAUCUAAUAAAAAUGCAGACUAUAUGUACACACACACACACACACACACACACACACACACA